GGUAGCCAUUUCUUGGAUCAUUACCACCCUGUCGAAAUUAUCCGAAAGAUUCGCAAAAAAGGGAAUCUAGGCAUAGAUUAGUGAACCGCCCCGGCCACCCGAUGCGCGCGCCGUUUCCUCGUCCUUCCGCCGACUUCUCCGCCUCCCGGUUCUCUCCAUAAAACCCAUUAAACCUAUCUCGAAAACGCCAAGGCUUCGACGGAGAAGUGGAGGGGAGGAAAAAAGAGCGACAGUUUCCUCCCAAAAUCUCCUCGUCUUGUUGUCUUCUUCCCUUCUCUUCCGUCCAAUCCUUCGGUCUUGUCGUUCGUUAUCGAGGAUUCCAAUGCGGCCAGAUCAGUUGAUGAUAUCCAAGUUCGAACCUUGAUUCGUUGUUGUUGGAGUUGGAGGAGCCCUAGGAUCCUCUGCAGUGAUUGGGAAGAUAAAAAGGGAUCGCCUUUCUUGCGCGAGGAUGAUGGUUUUCAUAGCAAGGAUCAAAAAGAGGUGCUUUUUAUAAAUUUAAGGGUGUUGGAGAGUUUGGAAUUAUAACAGGAUUGAGAUGAAGCCGAGGAGGAAAGGGGAUGAAGAGGAGGAAGAGCUGUGGGCAAACUCUCCAAGAAAGGAUGCGCUGCUUAGGCUGAUAAAGAUUGUUACGGGCGUAGUUGUUUUCAUGGCUGGGGCAGUUCUAGGCUUGUCAUGGGGUGUGCGUUUCAAUCCGCACAUAGCACAGACUGAAAUCUUCUUCCCGACAAAGCCAUACGCAAAAGAGUGUGGGAAGGUUACCAUGAACCUUAAAGAUUUCCUUGAGCCAUGCCAUUUGAUGCAUGGGAUGACAGAUAAAGAACUCUUUUGGAGGGCUUCAAUGGUAUCCAAGAUAAAGAAGUAUCCAUUCAACAGAGUGCCAAAGGUGGCCUUCAUGUUUAUGACGGAAGGACCUCUACCAUUCUUUCCAUUGUGGGAUAGGUUUUUCAGAGGCCAUCAAGGGCUCUUCACAGUGUAUGUGCAUGCAUAUCCAGGGUACACACUUAAGGUCCCUGAGACCUCUUUCUUCUAUGAUCACCAAAUUCCAAGUGAGAAAACUAAACGGGGUUCGAUAUCACUGGUAGAUGCGCAAAAGCGCCUCUUGGCCAAUGCUUUGCUGGACUUAUCCAAUGAGCGCUUUGUUCUGCUCUCCGAGAGUUGUAUACCAGUCUUUAAUUUCCAAACCAUCUAUAAUUACCUCAUCAACUCUGCAUACAGCUUUGUUCAGUCUAAUGAUGAAAACCCAAUCCAAGGCCAUGGAAGUUAUAACAGCCGCAUGGCCCCUGAAAUAAAGCAUUCUCAAUGGAGAGAAGGAACUUGGUGGUUUGAAGUCAAGCGCUCACUGGCGGUGAAUAUAGUCGCAGACAACAAAUACUACUCUAUUUUCAGGAAAUACUGUAAAAUUACUUGUUACCCUGAUGAUUCCUACAUCCCUACAUACUUGAACAUGCUUGAUGGGAUCUUGAAUGCGAACCGGACAGUUACCUGGGCUGACUGGUCCAAAAGAGGUCAUCACCCUGCAACGUAUGGAAGCGAAGACAUUACAGAGGGCCUCAUCCAGUCUAUCAGAAAUAAUGGGACCAUCUGUACAUACAACUCCAAACCAAGUUCUGUCUGUUUCCUUUUUGCGAUGAAGUUUUCUCCUGAUGCAUUGGAACCCCUACUCAACCUCGCUUCAAUGGUUAUGAAAUUCUAAAUUCUUUUUCUGCAGCUCUCCUUUUGCUCAGCCCUCGUUCCUUCCUCUCCCUCUUCUCUGAUCAACACAGGAAUUAUACUUUUCUCAUUUAUGCAUUCUUACCUUCUGUGUAUUUGGAUCAGCGGAGGUUUCAAGCAUGUGUUUUAUGGUACUAGGAGCUUGAGUUGAAAAGUCAGAUCAUCCCUAAGUUUAAUUGAGAGGAUAGAUGGAUCACCAAACACGAAACGUCUCCAUUAUAUUUUCUUUUCCCCAGAUUUUGCUUUGUGAGAUAUGUAUUCAAAGAGUAAUUUGAAAUUCUGCUGCAGAAUGUAUAGUGAUGCAAACUCGUUGUUUGUUAGGUGAUCAUACAGUGAGUAAUGUUAAAGUAAAUUUGAUCUCUUUACUUGUCUUA